AUGUUUGCCGUGCAGCAGCCGGAGGCCACAUUGAACAUUUGUAAGAAUCAAAAUUCGAGGAAGAAACAGUUUUGGGCAGCAUGCAGCUACCAACAGGCCGUGAUGCAAGCACUGGGCAAACAGUUGCAGCAGCUGAAGGACGACAACUGGCUGCUGCCCGUCAUGGCCACCGUCUGCCUCGACCUGCGGCUGACCGCCAUCAAGGCCGACCACAACAAACCGCCGCACUGCCUCGAGAAGGCCGCAGAGGCGCUCAUGACCUGCUUCCGCAUCUGUGCGGCUGACAACCGAGCAUCGGACCGCAACACAAAGAAGUGGGGUAUGCUGGCGCUGGUGAAUCAGCUGUUCAAGGUGUACUUCCGCAUCAACAAGCUGCACCUGAUGAAGCCACUGAUCCGCGCCAUCGAGUCAUCGCCGCUCAAGCACCGCUACCUCAUCAGCCAGCAGAUCACCUAUCGCUACUAUGUCGGCCGCAAGGCGCUCUUCGACAGCGACUACACUUCAGCUAACGAGUACUUAUCAUUUGCCUUUGAGAGAUGCCACAGAAUGUCGAAGAAAAACAAAAGAUUGAUCCUCAUCUACCUUGUGCCUGUCAAGAUACUGCUGGGGUACAUGCCGACGAAAGCAGUGCUGGAGAAGUACGAGCUGCUGCAGCUGUGGGAGGUGGUGGAAGCGGUGAAGUGCGGUAGGGUCCGCCAGCUGGUCCAAGCCAUGCAGAACCAUCAGGCCUUCUUCAUCAAGUGCGGCAUAUUCCUCAUCUUGGAAAAGUUGAAGAUCAUCACCUACCGCAAUCUCUUCAAGAAAGUGUCUUUGGCGCGCAAAACGACAGUGAUCAACAUGUUGGAUCUGUUGGCAGCCCUGCGAAUAAUGGAGGGACCCGACAUUGACCUGGAGGAAGCACACUGCAUUCUUGCCAACCUCAUCUACGAGGGCAAAGUGAAGGGUUACAUCUCCUACGCGCAUCAGAAGGUCGUGCUCAGCAAGACUGACCCGUUUCCCAAGCUCAGCACACUUGCCUAGCAAAUUUACCACAAUAUUUACUUGAUAAAUAAUUGUCAGGGCGCCAUUACAUAGCGUCAAAACUACGGCGAACCUUUAGUGAGGUUCACGUUAUAAUGGCAGUGAAGAAAGAUACGUGAACUACGCUGCCAAAUUGACUCCAUUUUGCCACUGAGUGUACACAGCUGUUAUUCAAUUCAUGCCAUUAAAUUUGAUCUGAUAUUAAUUUUAAUUCCCUUGAUAAAAUAAUCAAUUUCAUGUCAAAUUGAUUAAAUUCAUUAAUAAAAUAUAUUUCUUAUAAUUUGGUUCUAAACUUUGCUUUCAUAACUGAGAUCAGAUUUACAAACCUGAAAUGGCGGCUUUUUUGUAAAGCUGUGAUACACCAAUAUGAACAUCAAAACAAUAGCAAUUGAGUUAUUCUAUUCCAAUUUCUUUCUAAAAUAGUAGAAAAAUAGAAAUCUUAUCUAUUAAAAUAAAAUUUCAAUGAUAAAUUCUGAAAUACCCUUUCAAUUUUAUUUAUACCGGUACCAUUGUAGGCCCAACCUAUUCUGGUAAACUGAAGCAUGGACAAUGUCUACGAUGGUCUCAAAGUUAUAAACUUUUAAAGUGUCAUUUCAAGUAUAAUUUGUGUUUCUCAUAAGGUAAUAUCUAGAAAUUAUUCCAUGUAUUCAAAAAUAUUUUCAAAAUCAAUUAUACGACUCCUCUACUUCAGCAUUUUGUUAUAAAUCAAAAUAAAACAUGGCGGCUGAGGAUUGUUUGUCUUCUUCUGUACAGUCACUGUCAAAAGUGAAAUAAAAUAUUUCUGGCCAACUGGCAACAUUGCAAAGCUAGAGAGAGAUAGCGCUAUCUGUUUUGUUGCAUGUUAGACAAGAAUAACAACACUAUUGACAAUCGUACACUGCCAUUAUAACGUGGACCUCGCUAUAGGGUAGAAGGGAGCGGAGACUUAGAUACAUAGACCCGGUUGCACAACUGCCGAUUAAAUUUUAACCGUGAUUAAUUUCACGAGAACCAAUCAGAGAAGGCGUUUUUGAAAAGACGGCUUCUCUGAUUGGUACUCGUGGAAUUAAUCACGGUUAAAAUUUAACCGGCUAUUGUGCAACUGGCACAUAGAGUAAGUGUAGCAUAAGAAGAUAUCCCAUGGCACAGGUCGUUUAUGUUCCAAAUUUGAAGCCGAUUUUUGUUAACUCAAGCCGAUUUCUGUCUAUUAUUACUGUUUUGACCGGGUAAGAGUGAAAGAGCGGCACAUCAUGGUAGACUACCUGCGUCACAUAGCUUCACAAAACAACGUUAUAAUGGCAGUGUUCGAUUAGCAAUAGUAUUGCUAUCCUUGUCUAUCAGUCAACAAAGCGGGUAGCGCUAUCUCCUUCUCCGUUUGCUCUUUUACCAGAUCGUCUUUUAACAAUGUAGAAUUAAUCAUUAAUCAACAAAAUAUUUCAUCUUAAUUAUGAACAUUUAUUAUGAAAUUGUUGAAAAAUUUAAUUUCUUGCUUAAUGAAAUAUAAUUGAUUAUUUUAAAUGAGAAUGAACUGUUAAUAUUACAUCAAUAAACCUGUAUCAGCUACAGUCUAUAGAAGGCAUUGACAAGACAGAGAGACUCGGUAACGUUGUUCUGCUAUCUUUCUUCACUGCCAUUAUAACGUGGACCUCACUAUAGGAUUAUCAACUUGAGUUAACAUUGAAAUUUGGAACAUGAACGCUCUAUACCAUGGAAUAUCUUCUUGUGCUAUAUUUUUUCUAUGAUAUAAAUAAGAAUGGAGCUGAGAUAUUUAGAUAUAUUUUGUGCAUCAUUUCAACAUUCUCAGCUACCUUCUCUGAUACACUCUACCUUCGCCCCCCUCCACCUCUGUUUUUAUCCAUAAUCAUACAUAUCAACAUAAAUCAGAUCUUAGAUUUGUUUAUUGAAUAAACUAGUACCCUUCUUCCAUUAUUUUUCAAGUCACGUUCAAUUUCGGCUUACUAUGUGAUUCUUAAUUGUCAAAAUAAAUUAGACCAUUUAAAUUUAUGUCGAUAAUUGAGAAUGGCAUAAUCAGCCAUAACUAGUCAUG